AUGGCACAUGAGAAGAGGGCUAAGACAGCGUGUGGCAGAGCAGCAAUAUGUAAGGUGCUGGGAGAGGAGAAACGGGUGAAGGAGACGGGGAAGUGGUCAGAAGGAGGAGGGGAACAGGGGGUACUGGUGAGUGAAAGCCAAGGGGGCAGAGAGAGGACGAGAGCUUUCCACUCUUUCAAUGCAGGUUUGCCUCUGAGGCUGGUGAGCGGAGGUGACCGGUGUCAGGGCCGCGUGGAGGUCCUGUACCAAGGCUACUGGGGCACCGUGUGUGACGAUGACUGGGACACCCAGGAUGCAGAUGUUGUCUGUCGGCAGCUCGGCUGUGGCCUUGCGGUGUUGGCCCCGGGCGGGGCCUACUUUGGUCAGGGCUCGGGGAACAUUCUCUUGGGCUCCGUAUACUGCUCAGGAUGGGAGCCCUACCUGUCGAGCUGCUCGCACAGCGGGUGGUACAACCAUGAAUGUGGCCACAGGGAAGACGCUGGAGUUGUGUGCUCAGCUUCUUUGUCUCCCACGGAGGCAUCCCUGGCAACAGCUGCGCACUAUGAAUAUGAUAGAGUCCUAAGACUUUGUCAUUUGUGGCAACAUGUAAGAGAAAUGUUAUGCCUUCAUUUAGGGACUGAAUUUGGUUUGGUCUUAAGGCUGGUGAGUAGAGGUGACUGGUGUCAGGGCCACGUGGAGGUCCUGUACUGAGGCUCUUGGGGCACUGUGUGUGAUGAUGACUGGGACACCAAUGAUGCCAAUAUGGUCUGUAGGCAGCUGGGCUGUGGCUGGGCCAUGUCAGCCCCAGGAAAUGCCCAGUCUGGUCAAGGCUCAAGGCCAAUUGUCUUGGACAAUGUGCACUGCUCGAGGCAUGAGUCCUACCCGUGGAGCUGCCCCCACAAUGUGAACUCACACAACUGUGGCCAUGGGGAGGAUGCCAGUGUCAUCUGUUCAGAAAGCCCAAGAGACCUUGUAAAGAUUGAGAGCAUUGCACCUGGGCUGGUGGAAUUGGAUCAUCAGCUCUGUAUGCAUAGUCUCAUAAUCUUCCAGCUUGAUCCAGUUGGGGCACCGGUCGCUUUGUGUCUAACCUCAAGUUUCUUUCUCACAGCUACUCACACCCAGUCCACAAGCCAGCCAGGCACCUGGCUCCCCACCUCCACACCUGUAACACCAAAUAUAGGGAGUGAGGCAGGUUUGGCCCUGAGGCUGGUGAAUGGAGGUGACCGGUGUCAGGGCCGCGUGGAGGUCCUGUACCAAGGCUCCUGGGGCACCGUGUGUGAUGACGAUUGGGACACCAAUGACGCCAACGUGGUGUGCAGGCAACUGGGCUGUGGCUGGGCCGUGUCGGCCCCGGGAAGUGCCCGCUUUGGUCAGGGCUCAGGGUCCAUUGUCCUGGACAACGUGCGCUGCUCCGGGCAUGAGUCCGACCUGUGGCGCUGCCCCCACAACGGCUGGAACUCGCACAACUGUGGACCCUCUUCAAAUUGUGGUGGCUUCUUAUUCAAUGCCAGCGGGACAUUUUUCAGCCCAUCUUACCCUGGAUACUACCCCAACAAUGCUGACUGUGUCUGGGAAAUAGAAGUGAACCCCAGCUAUCGCAUAAAUCUGGGAUUCAACAGUCUGCAGCUGGAGGUGAGCAGCAAUUGCAAUUUCGAUUAUGUCGAAAUCUCUGAUGGACCGCUGAACAGCAGUAACUUGCUGGGGAAAAUUUGUAAUGGCACCAGGCAAAUAUUCACCUCUUCUUACAACCGAAUGACUGUUCGAUUUCGAAGUGACAUCAGUAUCCAAAGCACCGGCUUUUCUGCUUGGUAUAACUCCUUUCCUCAAGAUGCCAGCCUGAGAUUAGUCAGUUCAAAUUCCUCCUACGGUGCCUGUGCCGGGCGUGUGGAAAUUUACCACAAUGGCAUAUGGGGGACGGUUUGUGAUGACUCCUGGGACAUUCAGGAUGCCCAAGUGGUCUGCAGACAGCUGCGGUGUGGAUAUGCAGUGUCAGCCCUGGGAAAUGCCCAUUUUGGGCCCGGCUCUGGUCCCAUCACCCUGGACGAUGUGGUGUGCUCCGGGACAGAAUCUACUCUCUGGCAGUGCCGGAACCGAGGCUGGUUCUCCCAUGACUGUGCCCACCGGGAAGAUGCCGGAGUCAUUUGCUCAGGUCCCGAAGACUGGCUCCCUGUGCAGCUCGUGGGAGGUUCUGGCAGGUGUUCUGGCCGCGUCGAGGUGUACUUCGAAGGCGUGUGGUGCACGGUGUGUGACGACCUUUGGGACGAGAAGGAAGCACAGGCAGUGUGCCGGCAGCUGGGCUGCGGGUCAGCCGUGUCCGCCCCCGGAGAGGCCCGCUUUGGCCAGGGCUCCGGCCCCAUCCUUCUGGACGACGUGCAGUGUUCUGGGACCGAGGCCUACCUGGGACAGUGCUCCCACGCCGGCUGGUUCACCCACAACUGCGGGCAUGGGGAAGAUGCUGGUGUCACCUGCUCGGGUAAAUGUCUUUUGUGUCCUCAGUUUCUCUCCCCAGCACAGCUGGACACCCCAAAUCUAACCCCCGUCUGCUUGUGUCCGUUCGAGAAGCCAAAGGUCAUCAUAUCGCAAAGAAUGCUAGGCUUGAAGCAAAAAGGCUUCGUCCGGUCCCAGGAUGGGCUACAUUAUGACUGGCCACAGCUACAGCUAGUGAAUGGGUCAGGCAGAUGUUCUGGACGUGUGGAAGUUUUCUACCAUGGCCAGUGGGGCAGGGUUUGCGAUGACCACUGGGACAUGAACGAAGCUGAUGUGGUGUGCCGGCAGCUGAACUGUGGGCGUGCCCUCGCAGCCCCAGUUGAGGCCCACUUUGGUGAAGGGGAGGGCAAGUUUCUGCUGGAUGAUGUGGAUUGCACAGGAAGAGAGAGUUUCCUGGGACAGUGUCCUCAUACCGACUGGUCUCUCCAUAACUGCGGUCCUGGAGAAGACGCCAGUGUCAUCUGCUCAGAAGACUGGGCCGUGGUGAGGCUGGUAAAUGGCACCAGAAGAUGCUCUGGAAGGGUGGAAGUCUUCUACCACGGCACCUGGGGGUCGGUGUGUGAUGACGGCUGGGGUCUAAAGGAGGCUCAUGUUGUGUGCCGGCAGCUUGGGUGUGGCCGGGCAGUGUCUGCCCCCCUGGGUGCCCACUUUGGCCCAGGCUCUGGAAAGAUUCUCCUGGAUAAUGUGCACUGCAGUGGUAAGGAGAGCCACCUGGCCCUGUGUGCCCACGAUACCUGGUUCACUCACAACUGUGGGCAUGAGGAGGAUGCUGGAGCCAUCUGUUCAGGUUCUCUGACGACAAGCCCCUCCCCUCCAGGAAUCCUUUUUAUCCUAAUAAAUAAAAGCAGAAUUAUCAUCAUCUCCAUCACAAUUAUCAUUCUCACCAUCGUCUUCGUCAUUAUCAUCAUCACCAUCGUCACUGCCAUCGUCACCGCCGUUAUCACCAUUGUCAUUGUCAUCAUCAUUGUCAUCACCAUCAUCACCAUUGCUACCGCCAUCACCAUCGUCAUCGUCACCAGCACCAUCAUCAUCACCACUGUCACCAUCAUCACCACUGUCACCAUCAUCACCUUCGUCAUUGCCGUCAUCAUUGCCAUCAUCACCAUCACCAACAUCACCAUCAUCACCAUCAUCAAUGCCAUCAUUAUCCACAUCCUUGUUACCAACACCAAUGCCAUCACCAUUAGCAGCAAAAGCUACUCGAUCUACUGCAGUGUGGCCAGGCCGUGGCGACACCCAUGGAGGGGCGGGGAGCACUUUGGGGCAGGCUCCGGGAAGAUCGUGCUGGACGAUGUGCAGUGUGUGGGCGGCGAGAGCCACCUGGGGCAGUGCGUGCACAGGCGAGACAUCGUGGCCGUGAGGCUGGUAAAUGGCACAGGGAGGUGCUCAGGCCGAGUGGAGGUUCUCAUCCAAGGCACAUGGGGGACCGUGUGUGAUGACCUCUGGGACCUGGCCGAGGCCACAGUCGUGUGCCGCCAGCUGCAGUGUGGCCAGGCCAUGGCGGCACCCUCAGGGGCCCACUUCGGGGCAGGCUCCGGGAAGAUCAUGCUUGAUGAUGUGCAGUGUGUGGGCAGCGAGAGCCAUCUGGGGCAGUGCGUGCACAGGGGUGAGGCCAGACACAACUGCGGGCAUCUGGAGGAUGCUGGUGUCGUCUGCAGAGGAGCUUCCAUGACCGUGAGGCUGGUGAAUGGCACAGGGAGGUGCUCGGGCCGAGUGGAGGUUCUCAUCCAGGGCACAUGGGGGACCGUGUGUGAUGACUUCUGGGACCUGGCCGAGGCCACAGUCGUGUGCCGCCAGCUGCAGUGUGGCCAGGCCGUGGCAGCACCCACGGGGGCCCACUUUGGGGCAGGUUCUGGGAAGAUUUUGCUGGACGACUUGCAGUGUUCGGGCAGCGAGAGUCACCUGGGGCAGUGCGCGCACAGGGGUGAGGCCGGGCACAACUGCGGGCACCUGGAGGAUGCUGGUGUCGUCUGCACAGCGAGUGGCCAUCACCCCUUGACCCCUGAUUCUUCCCCAGGAGGCUGGGCCCCCGUGCGGCUGGUAGGUGGCCACGGGAGGUGUGCAGGCCGCGUGGAACUCUUCUACCGGGGAGUCUGGGGGACCGUGUGUGAUGACCUCUGGGAUCUGUCAGAAGCAAACAUCAUCUGCAGGCAGCUGGGGUGUGGCUGGGCCAUUUCAGCCCCAGGUGAGGCCCACUUUGGGGAAGGAUCUGGGAAAAUCCUCCUUGACAAUGUGCGCUGCAGGGGGGAUGAACAGCACCUGGAGGAGUGCUCCCACAUCGGCUGGCUUUCCCACAACUGUGGGCACGGAGAAGAUGCUGGCGUGAUCUGUUCAGGUAAACCCCUGCUCCCCUCCCUGGCAGAGCCCAGCCUUGGCUCUUUCCAAGACAGUACUUUUCAAAAGACAACCCUCGACUGCACCAAUGAAUAUUUUGAAAUCCUGGACGGCCCUCCAUCCUCGGCAAAGUCCCUGGGGAAGACCUGCUCUGGUUCCUACCUCACCUUCGCAUCCUCCUCCAGCUCAUUGACCCUCGUGUACUUCCGAAGCUUCAACAACAUAGGGAAAAACUUCAUCGCUUAUUAUUAUUCUGCAGCCAAAGGGGACUGGCCAGACCUGAGGCUGGUGGGUGGCUCAGGUCGGUGCUCAGGACGCGUGGAGGUCCUCCACCAGGAGGCCUGGGGCACCGUGUGUGAUGACCUCUGGGACCUCAACGAAGCCGAGGUCGUGUGCCGACAGCUGGGGUGUGGACGGGCCGUGUCCGCCCUUGGGAAAGCCCACUUUGGUCCGGGCUCUGGAGACAUCUUCCUGGACAACCUUCAGUGCUCCGGGGUGGAGCGCUCCCUGGGUCAGUGUGCCCACUCGGGCUGGUCGGAGCACAACUGUGGCCACCACGAAGACGCCGGUGUCAUCUGCUCAGGUAGCCCCUCCUCUUUCAGACGCCAUUGCCAGCCCCACCAUGCUUUAAGACCACCCUGCUGGAAUUCAGAGCAGGCCAGAGACAGGGACAGGGGUCUCAACCAGAGGCCCGGUGCCGGUGAACCUCAGGUGGGUCAUAUGGAGACCACACUCACCAGAUCUCUCUCUGCAGGGGACUGGCCAGACCUGAGGCUGGUGGGCGGCUCAGGUCGGUGCUCAGGACGCGUGGAGAUCCUCCACCAGGAGGCCUGGGGCACUGUGUGUGACGACCUUUGGGAUCUCAAUGAAGCUGAGGUUGUGUGCCGACAGCUGGGGUGUGGAUGGGCUGUGUCCGCCCUUGGGAAGGCCCACUUUGGCCCCGGCUCUGGAGACAUCUUCCUGGACAAUGUACAGUGCUCUGGGAUGGAGCGCUCCCUGGGUCAGUGCGCCCACUUGGGCUGGUCGGAGCACAACUGUGGCCACCACGAGGACGCCGGUGUCAUCUGCUCAGGUAGCCUCUGCCGUCUCAGGGUGACUCAGCUGCUGUGUCCCACCUCCCUCGGUCAGGGAUCUUGCCAGAGGAGGGCUGAGUCCUGUGCCCAGAUAGUCCUGUGUCUCCCCUUCAGUCCCCAUCUGUACCCUCUCCCCUCUAUCUCCCACCCACCUCCUCCAUGCUUUGGAUUCACUGAAGUAAGCAACCUAUUACCCUUCUUUAUACAUUCAGGUGCGGAAGAACUGCCUCCUCCCACCCCUCCAGGUCUUUCCACAGCUUCUCAGGAUCAUAUAACAGGAGGAACUAGCUCUUGUGGAGGGGUCAUGUCUAGUGUCUCUGGCUCGUUUUCCAGUCCGCUGUAUCCAGAAAGCUACCCAACAGACAUCCAGUGCGUUUGGGAGAUUCAUGUGGAUAAAAAAUUCCGCAUAGAACUCAUGAUUCCAACUCUGAACCUAGAGGAUAUCCUUGGAUGCCCUUACGACUCCGUUGAAAUCUUCGAUGGCCCCCGGAUCGCCUCACUGUCCAUGGGGAAGUUCUGUGCCUCAGUAGCUCUGAUAUUUUUCUCCUCCUCAGACAUCAUGACAGUGGUCUUCCGAAGUGAUUCUAUGAUCACCAACACUGGCUUUUAUGCUAUGUUCAACGUGAUUCCACAAGGCGAAAGAGAGUCAGAAGAUGGACCAGAGCUGCGGCUGGUGGGCGGCUCAGGACGGUGCUCAGGACGGUUGGAGGUCCUCCACCAGGGGGCCUGGGGCACCAUAUGUGAUGACCUCUGGGACCUCAAUGAAGCCAAGGUCGUGUGCCGACAGCUGGGGUGUGGACGGGCCAUUGCAGCCCCUGGAAAGGCUCACUUCGGCCCGGGCUCUGGAAACAUCCUCCUGGAUAACAUUCAGUGUUCGGGAAGCGAGAACCAUCUCGGCCAGUGCCCCAGCUCCGGGUGGUCAGACCACAAUUGUGGCCACCAUGAGGACGCCGGUGUCGUCUGCUCAGAUGCUGGGGACUGGGCUCCAGAUGUGAUCCCUGCAUUCCCAGCUCCCAUCCCUCAAGUGCCUACACCACGAGGAGGAAGUAACUCUUGUGGAGGAGUCAUUUCUGGUCUCUCGGGCUCCUUCUCCAGUCCUUGGUAUCCAACAAACUACCCCACCGACGUGGAGUGUAUCUGGGUGAUACACAUGGCUGAGAAGUUCCACAUAGAACUGGUGAUCCCAAGCCUGAAAUUAGAAGACAUAUACGGGUGCCCUUAUGACUUUAUUGAAGUGUUCGACGGACGGCAAGUUGCCUCACUCUCCAUGGGCAGAUUUUGUGCUGGGGCAGAGCUCACCUUCCUCUCCUCUUCAAACAUCUUGACUGUGGUGUUCAGAAGUGAUGCCAUGAUCACCAACACAGGGUUUUAUGCUCUGUAUAAUGCCAUUCAACAAGAUGAAAGGGAGAGUGGUGCAUCCCUGAGACUGGUGAAUGGCAGUCACAGGUGUGAGGGCCGGGUGGAGGUCUUCUACAACGGCACCUGGGGCACAGUGUGUGAUGACAGCUGGGACAUAACAGACGCCACGGUGGUGUGCCAACAGCUUGGCUGUGGUGAGGCCUUGUCAGCCCCAGCUCAGAGCUACUUUGAUGGAGGCACUGGCCACAUCAUGCUGGAUGAUAUGCAGUGCAUGGGGAAUGAAGCCAGGCUGUGGCAAUGCACACACAAUGGAUGGUUCUCCCACAACUGCGGGCACCAUGAGGAUGCCAGCGCCAUCUGCUCAGACUCGACUGGUGACAGUCCUGCUACAGAUGAAAACUUCCACUGUGGCGGUUUGCUCACAAAUAAUUCGGGCUCCUUCUCCAGCCCUUGGUAUCCUAAAAAAUACCCCACAAAUGUGGUGUGUGCCUGGGACAUACAAGUGGAUGGCAGGGCUCAUGUCAAGCUCACGUUUGAUGUGGUGAAGAUGGAAAACUUCUUUGGAUGUCCGUACGACUUCAUUGAAAUCUUUGAUGGCCCACAGAGCGAAUCUUUUUCUCUGGGAAGAUUCUGUUCUGGUACAACCCCAGUAUUCACCUCCUCCUCAAAUCGCUUGACGGUGGUCUUCCACAGUGAUGCUAUCGUCACCAACAUGGGCUUUUUUGCAUCCUAUGAGUCUCUUGUGCAAGAUGAGAACAAUACCGAUGUGGCCCUCAGGCUGGCCGGAGGCAGCCACCGGUGCGAGGGCCGCGUGGAGCUGCACUACAACGGCACCUGGGGGACCGUGUGUGACGACAGCUGGGACCCGCGUGACGCGCAGGUGGUGUGCAGGCAGCUGGCCUGCGGCAGGGCGGUGUCGGCCCCCGGCAGGGCGCAUUUCCACCAAGGCGUGGGCCCCAUUGCUCUGGACGACGUGGAGUGCGUGGGGACGGAAGCCAGGCUGUGGCAGUGCCUGCACAGCGGCUGGUUCUCCCACAACUGCGGCCACCACGAGGACGCCGGCGUCAUCUGCUCAGCCUCUCUGCCUUACUCAACACCAUCAGCUGCUGGGAGUUACCCAACUUCAGCAUCUUUCCCAAAGCCGGCAGAAGUGCCCACGUCAGCAGUUGCUGCAACUCCUGGGGAACAGCCACAUGUUUUCCAACCAACAGAUCUGCCGGUGGUGAGGCUGGCGGCGGGGAGCAGCAGGUGCGAGGGCCGCGUGGAGAUCCUCUACAACGGCACCUGGGGGACCGUGUGCGACGACCUCUGGGACCUGCCGGCCGCACGGGUGGUGUGCCGGCAGCUGGGCUGCGGAAUGGCACUGGCGGCCCCGAGGAGCAGUCUGUUUGGUGAUGGCUCGGGCCCCAUCUUCCUGGACGAUGUGCGCUGCACGGGCAAUGAGACCAGCCUGGGGCAGUGCCGCCACCGUGGCCUGUCGGUCCAUAACUGUGGUCACCACGAGGAUGCCGGAGCCGUCUGCUCAGCUGCCGAAGCUGCCCCAGAAUCAGCGGAAAUGGCUCCUGCAGUUGACCUGCCCAUCAUCAGGCUGGCCCAUGGGAGCAACCGCUGUGAAGGUCGCAUCGAGGUGUACCACAACGGCACGUGGGGGACCGUGUGUGAUGACCUCUGGAGCAUCGGCGCAGCCCGCGUUGUGUGCCGGCAGCUGGACUGCGGGGAGGGCGUCGGAGCCCUGGGGAACGGCCACUUUGGGGAAGGUGUGGGGAGCAUCCUCCUGGACGACGUGCAGUGCCGGGGCAAUGAGACCACACUAGGCCAGUGCCGGCACCUGGGUUUGUCCAUCCACAACUGUGGCCACCAUGAGGACGCCGGGGUCAUCUGCUCAGUUUCAGCAUCAGCCACAGAAAUGACCACUUCACCUGUUCCUACCUCCGUUUCAGCCACCGAUUCGGCCCUUGGAACUGGCGCAAUUUCUACUUCAGCAGAAGCGACGUCUUCACCUGGAUCUUUUCAUAUUACUGGAACCACCUUAACAGCUUCAGUCGCAACCACCAUGACCUCCACACCAGAUACCUCUUCAACCUCAGUGGAAGUGACCUCUCCACCUGAUAUAUCUUCAGCCUCCACAGAAGUGGACCCGCCCUCUGACACAAGUCCCACUCGGGAAGAGGAGACCUCUUCACCAGCCUUACACCUGAUUUCAACAAAAGCGACAUCAUCACCUGUUACAAUUUCAACUGGUGAAGACAUGAUCCCUUUGCCUGACCCUCCCCUGCGCCUGGCGGGCGGGCGCAGCCGCUGCGAGGGCCGGGUCGAGGUCCGCCACCAGGGCGUGUGGGGCACGGUGUGCGACGACCACUGGGACAUCAGGGACGCCCGCGUCGUGUGUCGCCUGCUGCGCUGCGGCCCCGCGCUCGCCGCCCCGGGGCGCGGCCGCUUUGGCCCGGGCUCGGGGCCCAUCCUGCUGGACGACGUGCGCUGCGCAGGCACCGAGGACGCGCUGGGCCGCUGCGGCCACUCGGGCUGGACGCGCCACAACUGUCGCCACCGGGAGGACGCGGGCGUGGUCUGCGCAGUUCCAGCCAUGCCUCCUGCUGUCGGCGGACCCACUGGCAAGGGCCUGGCUGCCUCUGCUGUACCCAAAGACAAUGCCUGGCUCUCCUGCUUGCCUCACCUCUUCCAAGUCACCAUUGACCGAGGUUAUCUCCAGAGGCUGGGCUACUCCUCCUGGGACAUCCACUUAAAUGAUGAGCUGUGUCGUCCCCACGUCACGGGGCGCUAUCUGAUCUUCAACAUUCCCUAUGGUCACUGUGGCACCGUCAGACAGGAAAGUCUCGGCUCCCUCAGCUACUCCAACUCCAUCAGAAGCCGAACACGGGGCCACCCUGGCCGAGUCAUCGUGCGGCACAAGGUGCCUCAGCUGAAGUUCACCUGCAGGGCGGAUGGCCCAUCUGCAGUUGACAUCAGUCCUGGGGCUGACGUCCCAAGGGAGAGCGUCGGCUAUGAUGUGUCCAUAUCCUUCCUCGAGUCGCCCAUCAGCCUGGGGCCACACUAUGCCAGCCAGAGGAAAGCGGUCUUCCUCCAGGUCACACUCCAGAGCCCCGACCCCAGCCUGAGGCUCUUUGUGGAUACCUGUGUGGCUUCUCCAGAUCCCCGUGAUUUUAUGACUGUCAAGUACGAUUUGAUCCGGCACGGGUGCAUCAAAGACAAAAGCUAUGUCAACCUCCACUCCCACCAGAAGAACACGGCCCAGUUCAAGUUCAACGCCUUCAACUUUCUCAGCAGCUAUGAUGUGGUGUAUCUGCAGUGUGAGGUCGCCGUGUGCAAAGUGGGGGACCAUUCCUCCCGCUGCUCCCAGGGCUGUGCAGAGCGGAGUAAGAGGGAUGUGGGCCCCAAAGAGACCACAGAAGGGCGGACUGAGCAUUUCCAAGUGGUGGGGCCACUGGAAGUCCACAGAGGGACGGAUCAGAACAAGACCCUUGUUUGAUUUCUCCACUUUUCACAUGAUUCUAUUAUUAGAAAGCAAAGUCUAUUUCCCUUCCGCAAUGUAGUAAGUUUGAGAAAUCAGAAGUUGUCCACACAGCGACAGGUGAAACUGCUAAAGAAGUUCUCUCUGAAGUUUGUUGCUAAAUAA